GACAACAAAAAACAAGCAACACUUAUAGAAGGCAGGGGCCAAUCAAACACCAAGGAAACCAGUCUGGAGGUCACUGCCCUAAUUCCGGUAAGCUAUGAGGAUGGUGUCAGGCAUCCACUCCUCCAGCAGUUUCCGCCCCCCCCUUCCCUUAUUGCGGACUCGCGACAGUACCCGCGCCUUCGCGAAAGCGAGCCUGUGGCCUUCCUCGAACGUGCAAGUAGCGAUUUGAGACAAACCUCAGUGGACGCUGACAUUUCUCGUGUGGAAAUCAAUUUACCCGGAGAAGAAACUGGUCAAGUGAAACCGUGCCCGCGAUGCAAGACUCUCCUCCUCAAGCUGGAUGAUGGUUCCUGUAACCACAUGUCCUGCUUUAUUUGUGGCUGUGAAUUCUGCUGGCUUUGUCUUCGUGAAGUUCGCGGCACUCACUACCUGGGGUAG